AUGCUUUCCACAUCCAGCGAUCCGUUUGAUGUUGCGAGGGAUGAAGUGGAAGCAGCCGUCCGCAAGGUGCGUGGCAUGCACCGAGAGUGGCAGCGAUUGCUGCAGAGUGAGAACACGGCCGAAAGUCGCCUCUUCAAGGACUGCCACAAAGAGCUCCAGUCCGAGUUGGCGCAGCUCAGCGGUGAUCUUGCCGAGGUGCAGCAGAGCAUCAAGGCUGUUGAGGACAAUCGAGAACGAUUCCGCCUUAGCGAUGCCCAGCUGACGGCGAGAAAGGACUUCUUGGCUGCCAGCCAGGCCGCCCACCAGGAGGUCCAGUCCAGCCUGUCAAGCAUCGCAGUGCAGAACAAACUGGAUGAGGACAGAAAGCAAGUCCUCCUUCGAAAUCAACGACAAGCAAAAGAAACAGAAGAGAGGCAGCUGGCCCAGGAAAGCAAAGCCUUCCUGGAAGAGCAGCGUUUGCUGCAGAAGCAGCUGCUUGCCCAGCAGGAGGAUGAGCUGCAGGCCCUCGAGAAGGGCGCGCAAAGACUCGGGCAGGUCGCGUACACCAUCAAUGGGGAGAUAGAGAGUCAGCAAAGGCUGCUGGACGAGUUAAACCAGGACAUAGAGAAGGAGAUGGAGCGGAUGGAUGUUGUGACAAAGGGCAUGGGAGCCCUUUUGAAGACGAGCAACAAGGCUCAGAUCUAUUCUGUGGGCGGUGCGAUCGUUUUGUUUGUCAUCCUUGUCUUCCUCAUCCUCAAUACCUGA